AUGAUGAAAAUGUUUCUGAAUCUUUAAUGUAAGAAUUAAUUGAUUAAUUUAACGAUGUUCAUAUUUAAGAUUGUAUUGAAAGUGAUAAAUAUAUUCUUGAAUUACUAUUAAUUAAUCCAAAUUAAGGAUAUUCUAGUUUUUAAAUAAAUUAUCCAAAAAAAAAAUUCAACAAAAUACAUACAACUAAAAUUAAUAUUGAUAAAUUAUUACCAUUUUUAUUGGAUGAAUAAGCAAAAUAAGAUUUUAUUCAAAUAGUUAUGGAUGUAUUGGAUAAAGUUAUUUAUAUGGAAGAUUAAGGAUACAAAAACAAUAUUAUAUUUAUCUUGUUUUGAACCUAAAUUAAUAGAUUUCUUUUUAAAUAAAAUGAAAUAAGCUAUUAAUGAUGUGACAUCUCUCUAAUUUAUCAUAAUUAAGAGUAUAAGGAAUAUGGUAUUUAUAAUGGAAACUAUAAUUUUUAGUCCCUUUUCCAUUCAUCAUCUAUAAGAAUUUAUGGAUUCGACAUAUAAAUUAUUUGAAGUUUAAGGAGAAAACGAGAAUAUAGAUUCCUUAGAAUUUUAUUGUAAAAUAUUCUUGAAUUUUACACCUGAAGAUUAUAUGGAAUUAUAUGAUGAAGAAAAUGAAUUGUGUCGAUAUUUAAGUGAUUUUGUAUCAGAAGUAUUCAAUUUAGUUAUUAAAAAUUUUAAUUUGAUAAAGUACAAAGAUGUAGAUUAUGGAUUUGUAUUACCAAAUUUAAUUAAUAUCUUUUGGCCAUAUAUAGAAAAUUCAUCAUAAAGAAUUUUAGAUAAUAUUGUUAAUAGAACUAAAGAACAUUUAGAAAUUUAAGUGCCAUAGGACAUUUAAUAGAUUGUAUAUUAUAUAGAGAUCCUUGAUUAUUAGAAUAUAUUAUAGAUAUUUGUAUGGAAAAAUUAUUAAAAUAGAGAUAAUCUCCACUCAAAAAACAUUAUUUAAGUUUUAUGA